CACAAGAGCAACACGGCGCCUCAGUCGGUGAUCAGCAUCUGUUUGAGAAAGUCCAACAUGAAGUGGAUUACUCUUUAUCUCCUAACACUCUGCUUCCCUACGACCAGAGCUGACUGUAACUCUCAGAAUGUUAUUGAUGAGUGCAUAAAACAAGGUCCUGUACUGUGGACCAGGUGCUAUGAAGAUAAAAUUGUGACGUGCAAUCCAAGGAUUCGUAUGUUCCAUGGGUUUGCUCGCCAAGAGGUGAACCCAGCAGACCAGAUUAAGGUUGAAGUACGUCCCACAUCCAAUCACAGGGUCCGAAUCCCAUUGCCACAUGUUCCGAAAAUGAGAAACGCACAAUCGGAGGAAAAUGUCCAGGUGGUUUCCUCGGUGAUCAACAGCAGAUUCUUUCAGCAAACUCCUCAGAACAACUACGGUACGCAGCCGACUGUCAGAGAACAGGCAGUUUUAGGAGAGCAGGUUCUGUUUGUGAGCGUUGGAAGCCAGCGAAUCCGUAAUCUUACUGAUCCGGUCCAGUUAAUCUUCAACCACAAUAAAACGGAGAACAAUGGAAAAUGUGUGUUUUGGAAGGAGGAUGAAACAGUGUGGAGCACUGAAGGCUGCAAUACCAAAAAAUCCAAAGAUGAAUUUAUCUGCAGCUGCAGUCGCCUCGGCUUUUUUGCUGUGCUUGUGAAUCCAGAAGUGAAGGUGGAUGAGGAUCAUGCUGAGGCUCUCAGCUACAUCACCUACAUUGGAUCGGCUCUCUCUGCCUUCUUUGCUUUCAUCAGCCUGUUCAUCUUUGUUGGUUUGCAUCUUUGCCUGGUGGUGCUGUAUAAUUCCUGCAUGCUGUUGUUGGUGGUGUUUAAAAUGCGGGAGUUACGACGUGGCAGAGGAGACCGUGAGUCCAGUGACUGGAAGAAGAUGAGCAAGGAGAAUGAGUCCAGGUUAUGGAAGGACGGUGCCACAGUUCUCGGCCUCAGUUGUGUACUGGGGUUGCCAUGGGGACUAGCCAGCCUCACCUAUGUUACCUUAGCUGGAAUCUACUUGUUCACCAUCUUUAACUCUCUCCAAGGUCUAUUUAUGUUCCUGUGGUCAGUGGCUUUAUCAUGCAAGUCUCGAUCAGAAAACAACUCUUCAGUCCGAGAUCCUUCCACCCAGAAAAUGAUGACAAACAUCAAUAACGUCAAAUAAAACAUUAUUGAUUGUUAUUGCGUCAAUAACUGAAUCACUGCUUUUUGCUGUAUAAACAGCACCUAUAUUAGGUGUUGAAUGUCUAUUGGAUCUCUUUUAUAUUCUUUAUAAUUUUUCAAACAAUGAGUCUUUUUGCUAAUGUUAGACUUUUCUAUAAGAUUUCUUUAAAAAGACAUUGCUCCAGAAAUAUUAUGUUCUUUGCGUGUAUUUAUUG